AGAACACCUCCCACGACAGUUUAGUAGGAUAAGAAAUGAAGUCUGCCCUGGAACCACCAUGGAGAAUUUUAAGUAGGCAGGGGUCUGGAGCACGUGUCCAGCACAAGGUGAGAAGAAAGGGACUGAGAGACAACCUCAAAGUCAGUUGUUGAGGAGCGGCAGGAUAAAGCAGAGAUUAUUGUACUCCAUUGGGAAUGGUGAUCUGGCCUGACUGAGCUUUCCUGGCCCUUGGAUUCGUGGGAGCCAGUGUCAGACUUGGAGACGCACCCGGGCAGAGUGAUGGGCAGCGCAGGCCAGGGGCUGACCGCUCUGCCUCACGGCCGGAUUGCCCCGCAGGACGCCCUGCUGCUGACCAGCCUGGAGAAGCCCCCUGCUGCACAAGACCCUGAUACCCGGAGCUGGAGCUCCCUGGACAGCCCCAGCCCCCCUGCCACACCCGAGCAGACCUUGCCCACUUUCUACCUCCACUACUUCGAUAUGCUCUACUCAGAGGACACCAGCUGGGUGCCCAAGGGCCUGGGGGAGACUCCUCAGGGCAGCGGCCAAGGGGGCAGGGGCGAAGGGCAGAAGGAGCCAGAGCAGUGCCCCAUCAUCGACAGCCAGGGCUUGGGGCUGAGCCCCGACAUGGACUACCAGGAGAGCCUCCACUUGGAGGAGCACUCGCUGGAGCAGGUGCAGAGCAUGGUGGUGGGCGAAGUGCUAAAGGACAUCGAGACGGCUUGCAAGCUCCUCAACAUUGCAGCAGAUCCAGCAGACUGGAGUCCAGGAAAUGUCCAGAAGUGGAUCCUAUGGACCGAGCACCAGUACCGACUGCCCCAGAUCGGGAAAUCUUUCCAGGACCUGUCUGGGAAGGAUCUGUGUGCCAUGUCAGAGGAGCAGUUCCGUCAGCGCUCCUUGGUGUGCGGGGACGUGCUGCACGCCCACCUGGACAUCUGGAAAUCAGCUGCCUGGAUGAAGGAGAAGGCUGCACCCGGAGAAAUGCGGUACUGUGCGGGUGACGAGAGCUGGACGGAUAGCGAGGUGGACUCCUCCUGCUCAGGCCAGCCCAUCCACCUAUGGCAGUUCCUCAAAGAGCUUUUGCUGAAGCCUCAUCACUAUGGACGGUUCAUUCGCUGGCUCAAUAAGGAGAAAGGCAUAUUCAAGAUUGAGGACUCUGCCCAGGUGGCUCGUUUAUGGGGAAUCCGGAAGAACCGGCCCGCCAUGAACUAUGACAAGCUGAGCCGCUCCAUCCGGCAGUAUUACAAGAAAGGGAUCAUCCGGAAACCUGACAUCUCCCAGCGCCUGGUCUACCAGUUUGUACACCCCGUCUGAGAAGGGGGCAGGAGCAGGGGAACGGACUGACCUCCUGGUGGGAUCCCUGUAACCACAGCACCUCCCACCCCCUUCCAAAAAGAGAUCCACCUUUGAUAAUAAAGAUGAAGUCUAGGGUUGUGCAAGAGGCUGGAAAUUCAUCAAACUUGCCGGAUGAACUUCAGAGCUUCCAACCUCCCCCAGGCUACAAAGCAUAUGUGUUGGGGGAAGAACCCCCACCUAGCAAUGGACUGCCUGUGAAAUAGAGUGUAUACAUUUAA